CCCAGGGUGCAUCUCCGCCUGGCUUUACAUAUCGUUCAUGGCGUCUGGUCGGGGGCUAAAGACAAGUCGCCUUCUGACAAGCAGAUAGGCCGGUGGAUUUAACGGUUUUGUGUUUGCUGUCUCGGAGUGACACAAUGGAGGUGGAGUGUGUCAGCGUGGAGGAUGAGAGGCGUCUGACCCAGCGGAGGUUUGACGCCGCCGUCAAAGUCAUCAAGAGUCUACCCGCGGACGGUCCCUUCCAACCCUCCAACGACAUGAUGCUCAAGUUCUACAGUUACUACAAACAAGCCACUGUGGGAGCGUGCAACAUAGCCCGGCCCGGCUUCUGGGAUGCAGUUGGCAAAGCUAAAUGGGAUGCGUGGAACUCUCUUGGAGAAAUGACAAAAGAAGAAGCGAUGGCAGCUUAUGUUGAUGAGAUGAAAUUGAUCCUGGAGGGCAUGCCCAUGACCGACGAGGUGGAGGAGCUCCUGCGCGUCCUCGGCCCGUUCUACGAGCUGGUCGAAGACAAGAAAAAGAUUCAGCAGAUAUCGGACCUGAGCACAGCCCGUUUGACACAGUUUGCUAGGCAGCUGGAAGGGUUCGGCACAGUCCUGAAUUCGUUUCCAUCGAAGAGCGUCACAAAGAGCAUCGUCAGAAACAUGGAGAUGAACGGCACCCUGGAGCCCAGCAGGCAGAAACCAAAGGAAGUGAGGUCAGAGGAGGAAACACAACAGGAGGACGAGGACGACGACGAGGACGACGAUGAGGAGGAUGAUGAAGAUGAAGAAGAGGAGGAGGAGGAGGAAGAAGAGAUAAAGGGCGACAGAAAAGCAGCACCACAACCAAAGAAGAAGAGUUCAGCCAGGAGACACAAAGCGCCCCUGUUAAACGGCAGAGUGGCUAACGGGGUCACACAUCUGACCAACGGGAGUCAUUCCAGGACAGUUUUGAACAGCGACGACUCCCAGGAAGCGGGUCAGCCUCUGGUCAACGGACACCACGCAGAUCCGAGCAUCAAGGUGUCUGAACCCAAUCACGUGGCCAGCGACUCAGACAGUGAAGUCUACUGCGAUUCCGUGGACCAGUUCGGCCAAGAAGAGAACUCGGAGCACAACCGCUCUCUGGACGACCUGGAUGAAGACGAGAACCACGCGGUGCCGCCUCGGGAGGAGGACGUCCGGGGUCCACAGCAAGCGGUCAGAUGCGGGGGAGAAGACGGAGAGGAGGCUGGAGCCACGUCACAGAGACGGAGGCUGAACGUGGACGCGCCGGGCAGCUCGUUGGUCAGAAGAGGACGGGGUUCCAGGUCUCCAGGCCGCAGCUCUGGGUCUCUGGUGCCCGUGCACGGCGGCGGAGACGGGGACGGAGACGGCUGGGGAAGAGCAGUCACACCUGGAGGGAACCUGAACGAGCAGAUUGUCGUGGCCUUGGCCAGAUUGCAGGAGGACAUGCAGAGCGUCCUUGAGAGGCUGCACACCCUGGAGGCUCUAACAGCGAGCCAGGCAAGAUCAGUGGCUCUGUCUCCCACUUUUGUACCACCCCCAGUGAAUAAGAGGAGUCGGAAACCGUCCUGGUGGCCUUUUGACAUUUCACCAACCGGCCUGGCCUUCGCUGUGAUGUGGCCGUUCGUGGUACAGUGGCUUAUCCGCCUGUACUUGCAGAAGAGGAGGAGACGAAUCAACUGAACCCACUCGCACGACGAGUCCUGUUGACGGUCUCGGGGUCGGGCUGCUGUCGGCUGUAACCCCCUCCUCUGCUUUGACCCGCAGCCCAGUAAUUUGCUUUUGCACUAUGAAGAAGGCACCGAGAGUAACGAGCGGGAAGGGACGGUGUCGCACGGUGGACAUGGAAUCAAAAAGGAUCACGAAUGUAUGGGCUGCGAUUACACAACCUCUUCACGAUGACGCCGCUGUACUGGAAUCUUUAUCUCUGUCAGAAAUGAUUCGCGUUGAGAGCAGGGCAUUGACGGUGUGUUCAUAGACCAACUGUAGCAGCUUCUCAAUUAUUUCCAUAACCGAGGCUUUGUUGCCUUGAGCUUGAUUCAAAAACGUUCAUUAGUUGCCCAGAUAAUGCUGCUAUAAUAAUAAUAAAAAAAAAAAAAGAAGCUGUAAUAACUGUAGAAGUGGAGAUUGAAUGUAAUACUGUACUGAUGUGUGAAAUUCUUUUUAAUCCAGAGGAUAAGUUAAUAUUUAUUGCUUUUAGUGACGGCUAAUGGCAACGAAAGCCAUUUCGCGGCUGUAUUAAGUGAGAUUGAUGUGCAAAGCGAGUGCUAAAUGUUGUGUUGAUUAGACGAACGUCCAGGACGCGUCCUCGUCACCUGUCCCGCUGUGUGUGUGUGCGCGUCUGUUUUACGAAUAGAAAAAAGUGCCUCUACAUCACAAGGGUACAUUCACACUAUCGGUGGCAUUAAGAUUUUCCACAGUCGCAGACCGUAGCGUUAGCAGUUCCGGACCAAAUUAGGAUUAAUCGUACUACCUAUCGAGCCAUGAGAUGAUUAUUGACGCAUAACACUUGUCUGUGUUGUUUACGCUGUUAUGUUUUCUAUGUCGUAUAAUUUUAACGUGUGACGUGUCGGUGUGUAUGAGUAUCGUGGAGAGAUUUUGAUCAUGAAUUGUUUUCGCAAAGCGGUGAGAUCUAUACAAAUUGUAUACAAUAGCUGUACAGUUCAGAAUGCAAUAUUUUAAUUGCAUUCCCGUGUAUUAAUAAUGUAGAAUACUAUAUCGUAUUUGCCGAGAUUGGCAUCUGUGCUAGCACUAAUCAUUACAGAGCCAAUGUGUUUUAAUAAUUAUAUAUAUAUAUAAAGCGAGUUUACCUUUCUACUGAAACUAAGGCUUUCCCACUCUCUCUGCUUGUGGACGGAGUGGUGUUCGCAUGUGAUAAUGUCAGCCUGAAAUAAAAGUUUUCACAAA